GGCUACGGCCUUUAACUCCUCUCCUUACUCCAGCUUUGGGAGGUGCGCUAGCGCCAUCAUGGAUUUUAUGUUGCUGUCCAGGCCUUUCGUGUUAAGUUGAUCUGGAGUAUUCUUCACUUUUACGGUGCUUUAGACCUAGUGUAAUCAAAUUUUUUGAUAUCGACGGAUUUAGUUACUCCAUACACGUACGUUAAAACUGCACAGCUUUGCCCAACUAUUUUUUCUUCAAUCACAAUCCGAGCGGAAAGUCGCGAGCGGCUUUCUUGCUUUUUCACCCUCUCUUUUGGUAGAUACGUAUUUUUGGCUUAAUUUCGCUUGCUCGGUUCCUCGUCUGGCUAUCUUUGACACAUUAAACUGAUUUUUUUAACUAAUUACGGAAGAUCCGAGUUGAUUGGCGUGCAAAAGCCGGGUGUGUGUGUGUGUGAUUGAUCCGACGCCAUUAAUUUGACUCUGUGCACUAUAGAAGCAAUGUAAAUUCUCUCAAUAUUUCAAACAAUACAAUUUCAUUGUUGUGUAUAUUACUGAUUAUUCUGCCAGCAUAUAAGGAGAUAAGAGAUAAUACUAGGAGGCGACAUUCGGUAUCAGAGCUGAUACCCUACUAUAUGCACGUCAGCUUUAUUUGCACGGUGUUAGUAUGUUGUGAAGCAACGCGACUGAUUCCUAGUAAACAAUAAAUUGAUUGUUUAAAUGCAUACCGGUGCAUACACAGCUAGUAGUGUUAUCAUUGUUUAUUUACAAUUUUGUCGAGUCAAGCGCAGGUCAAGCGUCCAGCUACUAGCCAAUCACCAUCGCCGGUUAAAAUAAAGUUAUCACAACCGGUAUCAUUAUAACAAUGUUUCGUUUCCUAUUUCCUACAAUGCUUAUGCCAUUUGAUCAGUUAAACCGGUAAUAUUCAUGUGAAAACCGGUAUUUGUAGACUCGUGCGCAUGCAUGAACCACCGUAACGCCUCCUUCUCUCUCGGCUUUGUUAUUGUUUUGCUUGUCACCAACUUAUGUACUUGAACUCUUCUUCUCAAUUCUAAACACAAACAUGUCUUAACACGUUAAAACACCGCACUAGAACAACAUCGACAUUUAAAAUUACGCUAAACGACAAGUAUAGGAAUCAUUGAGAUAACGAUUGCGCCUUUAAUCACCUAGCACAACGCGUAACGUGAAAUACUGCACACCCGAUCGCCUGACAAUCACGUGAGUCAGCUGAUAUUAUGGCGAUCCAGGCUCUUAGAGGCGUGUGCGCACUGCGCCCAGGUUUCCCGCGUAAAAACGACCGUUUUAGCUUAGCAUUAGAGACGUCGCCAUUUGCUUCAUUUGCUUAUUUUUCUGUCUCUUAUUGGCUUCUAAUCGUAGUAGAGUACGGACGUGUGCACGUUCUGCUGCAGUUUUGGCGUUUAUUUCGUGGUAAAUCCUGUGAAAGGCAAGUCUGUUAGAUCUACUCUCCUUAUUGUUAGUUAUUAGAGCGGAGAUUUUGGAUAAGCGUAGCUCGAGGAUUUGUGUAUCAUAUACCUUUGGAAUUUUUAUUAGUUUGAUCGCUUGGCGACAGUUACCUAACCGAGCACGUGAAUUUAGAGGCUAAGAGUUUUCAGUACAAAGAGUUUUGUUUGAAUUUGACCUGUAAAGUCUUACUUGUGAAGUUAAUAAUCUGUAAUAUUAGAUUGAAUUGUAUUUCGUAAUGAUAGUUUCCUACAAUUUAGGGUGCUGUUGUGCGUCCCGCUUUUCGCUUUUUCAGAAUUUUCUUAAUAUAUGACUCAUAAAAUUUUUAUUUUCGUCCCUUUCAGAAACAGUUGGAAGCAUGACUUCGACCUCAUUAGGAAAUUUAUCGCUCGACUUUUCAUCCCCGCACACCAUCGCCUACUUCAACUUCACUCCGGUCUUCCAGUGGAAACAAUUGGACUACGAGCCAUCUUUCGCACCGGGCAGUACACAGAUCUUGGAAGAUGAAACUUUCAAUACUGAGAGUCUUGAUCCUCGUUUCAUGGCUGUCUACGGAGAAAUGAUCUUACUCAGCCUGUAUAAACACCAUAUUUCCAUUCCGGCGAGUCUGGUGUCUUUGCCGACCAGCAGCGCGUCCUCUGAACCUCCGAAGCUCACUCCAUUUCCUUCAAGGGAAAUGAAUAAACCUGGGAUCUGCAAUUACAUUGAAGAAGCAAAGGGAUUGCAAGUAGAUGCGCACGGAAGGCUGUGGGUGCUGGACAACGGUAGCGAAAAUUGCAAUGCCAAAAUAUGGACCAUAGAAUUGAUCAGCAAGAAACGCACGAAACUGAUUCACCGGUUCACAUUUCACGGAUCGAUACACGACUUGGCGCUUGACGAAACCCCCGAAGGAACAUUUGCCUACAUCACGGGGUUGGGUCAACACCACAUUGUCGUGUUUAGUUUCGAAAGAAAAAAAACUUGGAUGGUGUACACGCCAGGAAUAGGACCCUAUUCCAUUGCCAUGUCCCCUAAGGAAUCGAGAGAGCUCUACCUCAGCUUCUUGAAUCGGCUGUAUUCGAUUCCCGUUGCUGAACUUUGUAAUGGAACUGGAACUGCAAAUCCAAAACUAAUCGGAGAGUGGAGUGCAGAGCCAUAUAGCAUGCUGAUGGACAACCAAGGGAUCUUGGUUGCCACAGUUCUGGAGCAGAAUUACAUAAUAUUCUGGGACACCUCCAAGCCAUUUGAGGAGCAGCGUAUUUAUGAGGAUGCUGGAUUGACCUCUGCAAGGCCGUUCACUCUUGCCAAAGACCAAAAUGGAACUCUUUGGAGGUUCAUGCUCAAGAUAAAAGGAGAGCCAAAGUACUUGCUUUCGAAAUUCAAAUUCCGUGCAAAAUCCUUUAAGGUCUCGUCAGGUAAGUUUCCACUAAUCCCAUUUCGCUUAACUACUUUUUUAAGCCAAAAAAACAUAUUUUUAUUUGUAUUUAGAGCUAAUCAGAGAGCACUUUUUAUCCAUGCACUAUUGUUUAAACUGACUAAUCAACUGCAGCCUAGGCUGCUGGCAUUUCAAUUUUUUUCUAGUAAAAUUUCACUCAUAGUUAUUCAUCCCAAUUAAAUUUUUAUCUGUUUAAAAGCUAAUAAUAAUAAUGAGUAUACAAAACCUACUGGACAGUUGAGUAGAUCAAGUUACAAAUUCUUAACAAACAAAAAAUUCAGAACUUGUACUCUGCGAGAUAUUAAUGGUUAUUAUUAUUAUUCAACUGCAUAUUUUAAUGAUUAAAAUAGUUACCACUUAUACCUGAGAUAUGUUUUUCACACUGUGCUUCUACUUGCAUUUUGCUACAUUUUAAUAUAUAAUACAAUAACCAAAUAAUCUAUUAAUUUUCGCGUUAUUUUUUGUUUUUAACACUAUAAUGAACGUUUCGAAUGCCAAUUUCAGAAUUGAAUGGUGGUAGUGGUAGAGAGGAAAAGGUUGCGGUGGAUGCUGCCCAAAGCACAAAACUAACCAUCCCGAGCGUGCUCUUCGUUUUCCUCUUGGUCCUGGCUAGCUAUUUCUUGAUGUAGCGCCCUGCACCCCUCAUUGCUCUCCUGUUUGGUGCAUGUUUGUGGCAAACCAAAUUUCUUUAGUAGUUAACAACCUUAGUAAAGUUCUGUUUGUAUCUCAUAACUUUUGUUCUUCAUCGCCUUAGGCAUGGCUCUCGCAUUGUAGCACAAAUAGGAAAAUAGGAAACGCACAUUAUUAACCAUUUUUUCCCGAUUAAUCCUUUAAAGUAUUCAACCGUUAACAUAGAGGGGUAAGUUAUCUCAACAUAUGCAUGUACUAUUAACAAAGAAUUAGCGGUGGCACCUAAUUAAGUUAACAUUAGGUUAUUAACAGCUGCUUCCAGCAGCGUUCUAGUUGAACUCUGUAUUGACUACAUAAUUUAUAAAAAAUUGUAACCACUGCAAUUCACUCCUUUUUCGUAUAAAAAAAUGUUUUCGCGGUCAAUUUUCAAUUGUUUGAGAUAUAGUUUAAGAUUCGCAGCGGAAUAAUUAAGGAUUUCAUGUUGGGAGACACGAAGAAACGGAUGGAUUUAUUAAUUAUUCAAAAUAAAAGUUUUACUUCGUUAAUAGAAAAGAUUUUUAAGAUAACACAUUUGAAUCUUUUCCUGUUGACGAGAAAUGGCGCGAUCAAGUCUUUCAAAUCAGCUCUUUUAGCAGUCACUACACUAUCUCUCCAUACUAGUGGAAAAGUUAUACCAAGCUAAAUUGCUAAAUUCUAUAGCUCAACCGCAAUUAGUGAGAAAGACAAGUGCCUUAAUGAAAACACGGUUUUCUGGUCACUUGUAUGUGAAUACUUAACACAACCGCCACGUUUUCUUAGAAAUAUGAUAUAUUAAAUCAAUUAAUUAAUGAAAACUGAGGUUAAUAUUUGUGAAAAAUAUCAUAAUCCAAAAGUGUACAGCAAAAAAACUUAUUUUGAGAGAAGCAGCGAAAAUUUGUAAAAAUUGAUUAACCUUUAGAUGUAGAGUGAUGCACGCAUAUUUUGCGUUUAAUAAACCAUUAAGAAUAAUUAAAACUGAGAUUUUUUGAUACUUAAUAUUUCAGUGAAAAUCUUGUAACCGUUCACGAAACAAACAAAUAAAUGCAGCUUGAAACAAAA